AUGAUUCAAGAAUGUGGAGACUACAAGCCACUAGAUCCUGCUGAUAUCCUCGAGAGGCUAAAUACUCAUGAGUUCCAACUAGCUGAGAAGAGAGACCUCUACGGGACAAGCUAUGGAAGAUCACGCGCUCUGAAGGCCAAGGCAGUUUCCGAAUCUCAAGGAAAAUAUUCUGAUAGCAGCCUUGGUGAUCCUGAAGAACUAAGCGAGGAUCUAGCAAUGCUCAUGAGGAAAUUCGAGAAGUUCUUAAGACGUGGCCGCUUUGGAAAAUCUUCAAAAUGUUUUCACAUGAGAUCAGAUUCCUCAUCCCGUGAUUACAAGAAGAGGACCUGCCACAAAUGCAAGAAACCUGGCCACUACAUUACUGAUUGUCCUUAGUGGGCGAAGUAAUCAAAGAAGAAGAAGAAGUACAAGGAUGAUAGUUCCGAUGACUCAAAGAAGAAGAAGAAAUCUUCAAAGUCCUCAUUGUCAAAAUCUUCAAAGUCUUCAUGUCACACGAAGAGCAGUUCCAAAAAGGCUCGGGCAUUCAUUGGCAAGGAAAUGGACUCUGAAGCUGAAUCUGAGGAAAAUGAGGAAGAGGAGGAAUCUGAGGAGUCAGACUUUGGUGUGGCGAGCCUAGCCAUCGCUACUGGUUUCGUCAGCAAGUCCAUCUUCAACACUGAUGAAAAUGACUUCCCCAGCACUGCUGACGACAGCGACGAUGACUACACUCCCACCUAUUGCUUCAUGGCAAAAGGUGCUAAGAUACUCAAAUAUCCCUCCUCUGAAUCAAGUGAGGAUGAAUCUGAUGAAAAUCUCAAACCUAGCUAUUCCAAACAUGCUAAUAUUGUUGUCAAACAACAAAAGACUUUUGUAAAGGUUCAAAAUAUGCUAGACAAAAGUGAUGACCUGUUGGGUGAGGAAAUGGAUCGAACUCAAACUCUGACAGAUAAAGGUUCAACUGUCUCUGUGGUCACAAAUUCCUCAUCUAAGGGUACCACAAGUAUCACUGAGAAUGCAGGGUUGAAGGAAUUACCUAGCACCGCUGCUACUCUCCUCAUCGUCGGCGAGGAAGAGCUACACUGCCUCGACCUUGUCGCCGUCGUACUCACGCCGGCCGCGGAAAUCUUCACUCCGCCGCUGUCGUAG